UUAAAAUACACCGACAUUGCCAAAUAAUUUCACAUAUUUUUAGGACAUAAAUGCAAAUCCCCUAGAUACUACUACAUCUCGAUCCUCGAUCAGCUCCUCUUUCCACAGCUCCAUUGACCACCAACCUCCACAUCACCGGAAAAAAUGGCCGCCGGCGAGCCCCACUUCGUCAUCAUCCCUCUCUUAGCCCAAGGCCACAUCAUCCCGGCCUGCGACAUGGCUCGUCUUCUCGCCACCAACGGCGCCAUCGUCACCGUCGUCAUCACCCCAGCCAACCUCACCCGUCUCCACUCCUUCUCCACCCUCAUCUCCACCUCCAACCUCCCCAUCCGCCUCGCUUCCCUCCCUUUCCCUUCCACCGCCGCCUCCAUCCCUGACUCCUGCCAAAACGUCGACCUCGUCCACUCCCCAGACCUCUUCUCCAACUUCUUCCUCGCCAUGUCCCUUCUCCAAACCCCACUCCUCGAAUACCUCCACGGUCAACACCCUCCUCCGACGUGCAUCAUCUCCGACCACUUCCAACCUUGGGGGAUGAACAUCGCCCGCGAGCUCUCCAUCCCCAACCUCAUCUUCCAUGGCUUCUCCUCCUUCACUCUUACUGCCAUGCUCACCAUUAAGAACCACAAGAUCUACCAGUCUCUCACCGACGUCCACAAACCGUUCAUCAUCCCCGGCUUGCCACAACCCAUCGAGACAACCAAAGCCAAAGCACCACCUUUCUUCUAUGAAGAAGCUCCAGGGUUUGAGAAGCUAGCCCAAGAGGCGAUCAUGGCGGAGGACACCUGUGAAGGCAUAGUGCUCAACACUUGCUCGGAAAUGGAAUCUUAUUUCACCCAACAACUUGAAGAGCUGACCGGAAAGAAGGUGUAUGCUAUUGGACCACUGCCACUGGCUAAUAAGGAUGCUGCUAGUAAGGCUGCCAGAGGGAAUAAGCCCUCCAUUGAUGAGAGUCAGUGCUUGCAAUGGCUUGAUUCCAUGCCUGAGAGUUCGGUUAUUUAUGUUAGUUUUGGUAGUAUCACACACACUGUGGCUGCUCAGUUGAUUGAGAUUGGUGCUGGAUUGGAAGCAUCAGGGUUGAGAUUUAUAUGGGUGAUAAAGGAGAGUGAAUUAAUGGCAGCGCCGGAGGUGGGGAAAUGGUUAACGGAGGAGGAAGGGUUUGAGAAGAGAGUGGAAGGGAGAGGGAUGGUGAUCAAAGGGUGGGCGCCGCAGGCGGCCAUACUGGGGCACUCGGCGGUGGGUGGGUUUGUGACACACUGUGGAUGGAACUCGGUGAUGGAGUCAGUGAGUGCUGGGUUGCCCAUGCUCACAUGGCCGCACUUUGCUGAUCAGUUCUUGAAUGAGAAGGUGGUGGUUGAGGUGUUGAAGGUCGGUGUGCCGGUGGGGAUUGGGAAGCCGAUCAUGUAUGUGUUUGGGGAGGAGAUGGUGGUGGUGGGGAGGGAGGUGGUGGAGAAGGGGGUGAAGUGUUUGAUGGAAUGCGGAGGAGAAGGGGAGGAGAGGAGGAAGAGGGUCAGAGAGUUGGGUGAAAAGGUUAGGAAGGCUGUGGACAAGGGUGGGUCUUCUUUUGAGAAUUUGAUCAAGCUCAUUGAAGUUGGGUCUAAGAAGUUAAUGAAGUCAACUUGAUUCAUUAAUCAGUCAUGUUGCAAUAAUAAUCUUGUUUGUGGUCUGUCAUUGUCCUUGUCAUGUUUGUUCAUGUAUUGCUGCUGGUUUGGGAAUAAAUCUUAUGUUUUAUUGCAAA